AUGCGCAUGUGCGCCGCUUUUGUGAAGUUGCUGAACCAUGCCAAUCGUCGGCAACGGAAUACAGAGGAGACGGAUUCCAGUUCCAAACGGUUGAAAUUAUCGCUGUCCGCUCCAGACGAUGUUUGCAAUGGUACAGCCACAGGUUACAUCUGCCCGUUAUGCGAAAAAUCACGACCGGAUGAGGAAAUGAGAGAUUCUUGGAGGAAUCGGCAGCAAAAUCCAAUUUUGUUGUCAUGUCUACUAAUUGAAAAUUCUAUUGGAGUAAAAAAGGCUCGCAAAGUUUAUCUGGAAACUUUGCUUCGAAAGAAACGUCUCUGCAAAGCCCACUACACUCAUGCCGGCAUACUCAUCGGAAAUGCAAUAAAACAAGCAACUGGCAAGUUUCCUAUUCUUGGCUUAGACUGCGUUUCUGCAGAAGUUUGGCAUAGUUACUUUGUAAAGAUUGUCGCUUUUGGUGCUAUGAUUGACAAAGAGCUCGUGAUUCAACUAUCAGAUGUGAUUAAUUUCUUUGCUGAUUGCUUAGUAAUGUUUCAUUAUAGUGGUGACUGGGAAACAUUGAUCGAAUCAAAUGAUUCUGAAAGUCAACUGAACUUAUCUACAGUAGCACUCACUCCAGCUCUUUGGGAGGAUAAAACGACGACCGAAUCUUUUGAAGUACCUAACGAUUCUUCGAAUUUUCCUUCGGAAGUUAUCUUAGCAGAUUCUUCGGGCAUAUGCGAGCCGAGUCGAGAGGAGAUGGAAAAGAGCGGGGACGAAGAACUUUGUUACUCGCAUAAAAUGCCAACUCAGAAAUCUUGGAAUUGUGGCAUUUGCAAUAUGCGAUGCUCAGAGUCGGACCUCAGUGCUUCAUCUCGUAAUGAUGUCCUUAUGAUAUUAAGUUGUUUUGUCAUAAACGAGUUGAUGGACACGCAACUUGCGAAAAAUGCAUAUCUGAGAAUCACUAGUGGGAAGAACGUGAUGAUUUGCAAGGGACACUACGUACAAGCAGCGGCUACUAUUGAAAAGGAAAUGAAACGAUUCUUACAAGCUCAUUCACCAGAGAGGACUGAUCUUUCCACUUUACCAAGAUCGAUCUGGAGCGAUUUAGUAAUUAGAAUUCAGGCAUAUGGAUUUGGUAUAGAUAAUUGGAUAUUUUUGAAAGGUAAUCAUUUGGAGAAGUUCUAUUACAACUGCCUCUCAAUAUCAUUGCUUAAAUCUGCGACGAAAUCGCAGUUGAAGCAAGAGUCAGAAGACUGCAAUUUACUGUUUUGCGAUGCAACAACCGAGCCGAUUUCGACUGCAAGCUUGAAGGAAUGCUCUGCUAACAACAAUGCUGACAAAUUGGAAAACAUUGGUUACCAGGAAGAUAACCAUUCAAGAAACCGCUCAUGUAACCUUUGCGGUCUUAUUCGCGACGAGGAUGAAAGUCGUGUGGGUUCAACAAAUCCUCGGCAAAAUCUGAUACUGAUCUCAUCUCUUGUCGCAAGCGGAAUUACUGAUGCUGAAUCCGGCAAAGACAUCUUCAAACGGGUACUCUGCAAACGCAAACGAAUCUGCAAGCAGCAUUAUGUUGAAGCGGCUCGCUGGAUUGGCGAGCAAGUCGAGAAGAAUUGGGGAAGAUUUCCUAUUCACGGGCUGUUUGGCAUCCCUCGCGAAAUGCUCUCAGCAGUGCUUGAGCGAAUCCAGGAGUAUGUUAAAACAUUUAGUGAAGAAGAAGAUUUGACCGCCGAAGAAUUGGCUCGAUUUUAUGGAGAUUGUCUUGCGAAGUACCGGCACAUGAAUGGAUGGAAAGAUAGAGCUGUGCAAAGCAAAAAAGAGACAGUUGAGGCGUCAUAUGUAGCUCUUCAAAAUUUGCUGUGCGAGACAAAGUCAACUGAAUCCCCAAGUAAGAUUUCAAUAAUUUUUCCAAAUUCUUGCCACAUUCUUAGGUAAA